UAAGACUGCGUGGCGAACCGACGAAGAGUUCACUCGCGAAAUGCUUGCCGGUUUGAACCCGGUGGUCAUCAGGCGUCUCGAGGAGUUCCCUCCCACGAGCAAGCUUGAUGCUUGCAAGUAUGGCGACCAUACCUGCACGAUAACUGCAGCCCACAUUGAGCACCACCUUGAUGGACUCACCGUGCAACAGGCACUGGAGCAGAACAAGCUCUUCAUCUUGGAUCAUCAUGAUGCAUACCUCCCCUACCUCAACCGCAUCAACGCUCUCGCCGUCAAAGUAUAUGCCACCAGAACUCUGCUGUACCUGAGGCAGGACUCCACGCUAAAGCCAUUGGCGAUCGAGCUCAGCUUGCCUCACCAGGACGGAGAGCAGCAUGGCGCCGUCAGCAAGGUGUGCACACCGGCUGAAAGCGGCGUGGAAGGAUCGAUCUGGCAGCUGGCGAAGGCCUACGCCGCCGUCACCGAUUCCGCCUACCAUGGCCUCAUCAGCCACUGGCUCAACACACACGCGGUGAUGGAGCCGUUCGUGAUCGCGACGCACAGACACCUGAGCGUGAUCCACCCGAUCCACAAGCUUCUGUCGCCGCACUACCGCGACACGAUGACCAUCAACGCCUUGGCCCGGCAUGCCCUCAUCCCCGCCGGUGGCAUAUUCGAGAUGACGGUCUUCCCAGGGAGGUACGCGUUGGAGUUGUCUUCCACGGUCUACAAGAGCUGGAAUUUCCGGGAGCAGGCUCUCCCCGCUGAUCUGAUCAAGCGAGGAGUUGCGGUGAAGGACCGAGACGACAGGCUUUGCCUGCUGAUCGAGGAUUACCCUUAUGCCGUGGACGGGCUUCAGAUAUGGCAUGCGAUCGAGACAUGGGUCCGAGAGUACUGUGCAAUCUACUACCCGACGAACGACGUCGUGAAAGCUGAUGCCGAGCUCCAGGCCUGGUGGAAGGAGGUCCGCGAGGUCGGCCAUGGCGACAAAAAGGACGCGUUCUGGUGGCCAGCCAUGCAAACCACAUCCGAGCUGAUCGAGACAUGCACCACCAUCGUCUGGAUCGGUUCUGCGCUCCACGCCGCCAUCAACUUCGGGCAGUACCCCUACGCCGGGUACCUGCCAAACCGGCCGACCAUGAGCCGGCGCUUCAUGCCGGAGCCGGGCACGCCGGAGUACGAGGAGCUGAAGAAGAACCCGGACAAGGUGUUCCUGAAGACCAUCACCAGCCAGCUGCUCACCAUGCUGGGUCUCAACACCAUCGAGAUCCUGUCGAACCACGCGUCCGACGAGGUGUACCUGGGACAACGGGACACGCCGGAAUGGACGUCGGAUGACAAGGCGGUGAAGGCGUUCGAGCGCUUCGGGGAGCGACUCAAGGCGAUCGAGGCGGAGAUCAUGAAGAAGAACGAGGACCCGCGCUUGAAGAACCGCAAUGGCCCGGUGAAGAUGCCUUACACCUUGCUCUUCCCGAGCAGUGGGGUUGGGAUCACCGGCAAGGGAAUCCCCAACAGUAUCUCCAUCUAAGUCGCCUGUCGAAGUCUGGAGUAGCCAUGAAGAUUGUACCGAAUAAAGCUGAUGCGUUGUGUGAGAGACUGCAUUUGAAUAAAUUUAUUGAGGAAUU